GACUCACUGCUCUUGCUCUAGUCUCAUAUUAUACUCUGUGUGCACCUGUGUGCAGCUUGAGCUCGUUAUUCUGCGAACAGAGAGGUAGAGGGACUGAGGACUUUUCAAACGUACAGGAAUAAGAUACAUGUUCACACUCUGAAACGCAAAAUGAUGCGAUUUGCCUUCAUUUACAUUUGUCUCGCUGCGGAUUUUCAACUCGUCCUUAAUUCACCGACUCUUGGGUCCAAAAAUAAUCCAAGACUCCUGGACAAAGAUAUAAUCAAAGGUGUAUUUGAAUACCAGGACCAUCAGAACCACAGUGUAUUCUUCUAUCAUGAGGAAUCUGAGGAGAUGUAUGUUGGAGGGACUGAUUUUGUGCUGAAACUCGAUGUGGAUGACUAUCAUAUUAUAGAGCAAUUUCCUCUGAAAACCCUGGAGCAACAACGUUGCCAAGAGGGCAAAUGUAAAAAUGUCAUCACUGUGAUUGAGAAGUUUCAGGACAGCCUAUUUGUCUGUGGAACGAAUGGAAAAAAACCGCAGUGUUGGAAACUAUUUUCCUCAGUGAACAACCAGUCUCACGAAAUAGUGGAGAGCUAUGAAGGGAGGGGCAUCUCUCCGUUUGUUUACACACAUAACUCCAUAUCCCUCACAGCAGGGGGGGAUCUAUAUUCAGCAGCACCUUUGGAUACUGAUGGAAGUUCAUUACAAUUCAGAAGGAAAGCGGGCAGCAGAACUAACGUCUGGAUGUAUGAUAACUGGGUCUCAGAGCCCACGUUCAUCUCUGCUUCCUGGGUGAAGCGGGAGGAAGACCCUGACAACGAGAAAAUCUACAUCUUUUUCCGCGAAAAGAACUCCGAUCACAACCCGGAGGCUGACCCCUGGAUAUCCAGGGUAGCCAGAGUUUGCAAGGUAGAUGAAGGCGGAUCAAAAAGAUUCUUCCAGAACAUGUGGACAUCUUUCCUUAAGGCCCGGCUUGUCUGCGGGUUUCCAGAGGAGUCGCUCUAUUUCAACCGUCUCCAAGACAUCUAUGUGUUGCACGCUGAUGACUGGCAUGAGACAAGGGUCUAUGCCCUUUUCACAAGCAGUUGGAACUCCACAGCAGUCUGCAUCUACACAAUAGCAAUGAUUGAAGAAAUAUUUGAGAAUUCAACUUUCAAGGGCUACGAUAAAGACAUUCCCAAACCAAGGCCAGGAACGUGUGUAAGAAACAGCAGGACCCUGCCACUGACCACUGUCAAUAUGGUGAAGGAUCACUCGGAGAUGAAUGACUGGGUUCACUCUCUGCAUCAUACGGCUCCAUUUUAUGUGAGCACAAACAACUACACCAAGAUAGUCGUGGACCGAGUCCAGGCAGCAGACAAGCACAUGCAUAACGUUCUACUUCUGGCUACUGAUUCUGGAAAGAUCCAUAAAGUCUUAGAGGCUGGGUCAGAAGCUUUCAUCAUCUCUGAAACGCAAAUCUCCAGCCGUUCACCGAUACAAUCAAUGAAGCUUGCCUCCAAAAAGAAAAGAUUAGUGAUGGGUUUUUCUGAGAAAAUAUCUAUCAUGGAUCUCGAGAGGUGCCAGCAGAACAUGUCCUGUGCAGAUUGUGUCCUGGCCCGGAACCCUUACUGCGCCUGGACAGAGGCUGGAUGCGUCCCGACUGUUCUUGGAGGCAUUCAAAAUAUCAUUGACGGUAACAGAAGUGUGUGUCCUUCACCAGAAGAAGAACGAAAACAAAUAAACCGGACCAAACGGGAGACAGCUUCACCAUCACCAGUGGAUUUGAGGACGACUCACUCAGUCCCCCUGGGUGUCCCUUUCUAUCUGUCCUGUCCUAUAGACUCUUACCACGCAAACUACAUCUGGGAGCAUGGUGGGCAGAGCAGCCCGUGUCUGCAAAUGGAGUCCAACUGCCUGCACCUCAUCCCCUCAAUGGCACAAGAGAACUAUGGCGGAUACGAGUGUGUUUCAAAAGAAAAAGACUACACUAAGGUGGUGAAAAGGUAUCAGCUCACAGAGCAAAUAGUAUCAGAAACAAAUGAAGAUAGAAACAAUAACCCUUUAGGAAAUUAUGUUGUCCCUGUUGAAAGCAGUGCUGCAUCAGAUGCCGUGCCUCACGUAGAAUGGAUCACCCUUGGACUAACAGCGUUGGGGAUUUUCAACUAGUGUGCAUGAAUGACUCUCUGUGCACACUUCUUUCUUUUUUGAAAAGCUUUUCCAUUGGUAAAAAUGUCAAAAUGUAGCAUAAACAUCCUCAGGCCCUUUGUCCUUGCCAUUGCUCUCAGGCUGGGACGCAGGAAGCAUGAAAGGAAAUCCACACUAACAACAAUGAAGCUUGCAGCAGUAGGAACACUACUACUCUGAACCUAAAACCUUAUUUGUGCAGAGGAUCACAUAGCUCUGUUUGGCAGAAAAGUUAGGUUUUUAAGUCUACAGGAACAUCCUGUAGCCAAGUUUCAUUGUAAAAGCGAGGCCAAAACAGGAAGAAGUUGGUGUGAUGGAAGGAGAGAGCCACACAACCGGUCAGCAGCUGAGCACAGUGAAUUACCUGAAUGGUGAUUGUUUGGAUCAGGUGAUGAUUGCUCAAUGACACCAGCAUCCCCCAUGAAGUACUGCAAUAUUUCUUUAAGAGGGCACUUCUCUUUCUUUUGAGAUAAAGGGGGGAAAGGGAAGGUUUAAGAAGAAAUCUGAAGGACUUUCUUUAACAAGUCCAAACCCAAGGUCACAUUUACAAUGUUCCGAUAAGAAGUGCAAAAGUUUCAGGUUAAAGAGCAGCAGACAGAAUAUGAAGGUGUGAUGUAGUAGCAGGGUGUGGGCAUGGUUCAGUCAGCUCUUUGGUCUGUUGGAGGUGAAAAAUAGAAAGUUUCCCUCUGUGCCGCUCUGCAGGGCACUACCAACAGAUUAUUUGUAUGACGUGUUUAGGGAAGGGUGGGGGCCCCCAGGGACCCUCACUGAAUUUUCCUGUUUUGUUCAACUCUUCCACUGUUCUAACAGUCAGCGGUCAGAGGGAUGUUUUGAAAAUGUGCAAUGAAAUUAUUGCUCUGCAGAGCAGAUGUCUGAUUCUAAGAUAAUUGGCACUGUAGAAAACUCCCUGCUAUUCUCACUUAGUUCCAACCUCAGUUUCCCAGCACAGACACCUUGUUUAAUUGACACCUGAAUUUAUUUUAACUUUGCAUUAAAAGAUAUCAAUAUAAACUGCAAUGUGAGCGAUGGAUACUAGCCCCACAUCCUCCUUGACAUCGAACAAAUUUGAGUUGGUUUUUGAAGGUAGAUAGUUUUGAAUCUAUGCAGUUUGCACACAUCUAUUAUUGGAGCAACAUAUUUAUAUCAAAGCAAGACUAUAUAACUUUUGUCAAACAGUGUUUAUGGAUUCAACUUUCCAUUUGUUAAAGGAAAAUCUCCUUUCAAAAGUUACAUAGUCUCAAGAACUUAUUAUUUAAAGUGCUUAAAAACUACUAGAUAAUAUAUUUAUUUAUAGUAUUUUGGUACAUUCUUUCAUGUUUCAUAAUGGAUAUUUUUAUAUGUGCAAGUAAUAUGUGUCCUUGUAAUUUAAAUAAUAGUAUAUUUUUGCACAAGGCUUCCUUUAUGAAAGUGGUUAUUGCUGAUGUCCUGCGCAUUAAAAUAAAAGUUCACAAUUGUUCACAAGGAGUCAUAGUCACCUCUCUUAGACCCGCUGGAAAGUGGUUUAUAUAUCCUGAGAAGGUCAUGCCUCUAUCAGUAAACCACGUGCACU